CUUUACGAAAUUACAAAAUUGGAGUCUUCUUCCUCCCUCCUACCCUUUUCCCCUCUAUUAUAUAUAAAAUCCUGCAAAAACCUCACUCAUCGACAUUACUGUGAAAAAAUACAAACACAAAAAAGAAAUGGCGUCUUCAAGGAUCUUCUUAGCUUUGGUUGCCCUGGCACUGUUCGCCUUCUGUUCCGCCUUAGCUGAUGACGUCGUCGUCUUGACCGGGGAGAAUUUUGAGAAAGAAGUGGGUCAAGAUCGCGGCGCUCUCGUCGAGUUCUACGCUCCUUGGUGCGGGCACUGUAAGAAGCUUGCUCCUGAAUAUGAGAAGCUUGGUGCAAGUUUCAAGAAGGCUAAAUCUGUUUUGAUUGGAAAGGUGAACUGCGAUGACCACAAAGAUGUCUGCAGUAAAUAUGGAGUCUCUGGAUACCCUACCAUCCAAUGGUUUCCAAAAGGUUCUUUGGAGCCAAAGAAAUAUGAGGGGGCACGGACUGCAGAAGCCCUUGCUGAGUUUGUUAACACCGAAGGAGGGACUAAUGUCAAGAUUGCUGCAGUCCCAUCAAGUGUUGUCGUCUUGACUCAAGAUAAUUUCGAUGAGAUCGUACUUGAUGUGAAAAAAGAUGUAUUGGUUGAGUUUUAUGCUCCCUGGUGUGGUCAUUGCAAAAACCUUGCUCCUACAUAUGAAAAGGUUGCUGCAGUGUUCAAACAAGAGGAAGAUGUGGUUAUAGCUAACCUUGAUGCCGACAACUACAAGGAUCUGGCUGAGAAGUAUGGAGUAAGUGGCUACCCCACACUGAAAUUCUUCCCAAAGAACAAUAAAGCUGGUGAAGAUUAUGAUGGCGGCCGAGAUUUAGAGGACUUUGUUUCUUUCAUCAAUGAGAAGUCUGGCACUAGCCGUGACUCGAAGGGACAAUAUACUUCCAAGGCUGGUAUUCUUGAAACCUUGGAUAGCUUGGUGAAGGAGUUCAUUAGCGCUUCAGCCGAGGAGAAGAAGAAUAUUUAUACCAAGAUAGAGGAAGAAGCCGCAAAGUUGACAGGGUCUGCUGCAAGGUAUGCAACAGGACUUAUCUCUGUUUUUGCAUUGCAUGUAUAUCCUUUCAUCAAGGGGAACCAAAAUCUCAUAACUUUUCAAUUUCAGCAAGUUUAUAUUAAGAUCAUUUUCCCAAUUAGUUUUAAGAGAAAGUAGCCUAUCAUUAACGCACUAAUAUCAUUUGUUUGCUUAGUAUGGUAUUUUUGUUGUUAUCCUUUAUGUCCUUGUGCAGAUAUGGGAAGAUCUAUGUAAAGGCUGCCAAGAGUUGCAUGGACAAGGGUGCAGAUUAUGCCAAGAAUGAAAUUCAGCGGCUUGAACGCAUGCUUUCUAAGGUACGCCACGUCGACACCCUACUUUUCUUCUUAAAAGAAGCUUUUCCAGUAUGAUGUCCACAUCUGCUGUUAUGUCACCUUAACCACCGACUCCUAGCUAUUCUAAUUUGUAGUACCUCUGCUUUUCAAGGUCUAGUUAUAUUCAUGGCUUGAUACCCCUCUUUAAACAAGUAUCACCUUGCAAAUCUAUUGUGGAAAAUGAACGAAUUCUGGUGAUGACAAGAGCUGUAUAUUUCCAGUUUGUACAAACUGUUUACUGGAUAUUUUGCCUUGCAUCUGCAGUUCUUUCUCGACAUGCCCUACUUCAACUACUUAUUUAUGUACUUCGAAAUUUUAGUGUAAUUUUGAUGUAUUUGGCCCUUCUUCAUCUUUGAUGCAGACCAUAAGUGCAGCUAAAGCUGAUGAAUUCGUGCUGAAGAAGAACAUCUUAUCCACUUUUGCCGCUUGAUGGCCUAAAAGGAUUUCUCUUGUAGAAACUUAAGUUAGCUACGAGUUGGCCAUCUGGGAUUUUCCCCCGCUCAGGAAUUGUACCAUCUUUUACACUUUUUUUUUCUUUCCCUUAUUUUUCACAUGUGUACGCAUGAACUUCGUUAGAGAGAUUAGCUUCACAAUUUUACUGCUAUGUGUUAGUGAGAUAGAGGAAUGCUUGUAACAAUUCGACUUCUGUCUUCUUUUCUUUUUUUUUCUUCACAAGAAACCUAAGAAUGACCAAAAUCCUCCAAAGGAACGUCUCCACGCAUUGGCCGGCAGCCAUCCUAAAUAUUUUGGGUUAAUAUAGGAAAGAUCAUUAUCUUUAAUUCCUCGUAGUUCAGGGAUAUUAGCACACUGCACGAGAACAGACGUAGCGAUUGUUAUAAGUAACUGGAAGAUAAUUCAACAUUUAUAACACAGCCUUUGCUAAAUGCCUUUGCAAAUGUUUAGAUUAGAAUGAACCAAUGGACACAUCCAGCUUCGCACACCAUACUCAGUCGAGUAUAGUAGUUGCAACUUGCAAACUUGCAAUUCACAGCAGUUAGUGAUGUUUAGGGACUUGAUCACUUGACAAUGCACGGCCUUCUCCUCUAGGCAACUUCUUCUACGCCAAAUCUUCGGCAAUCGGAUGCUAAACCCGAACUCGGAUGUAUAUGAAGAGUUUGGGGUAAUUUCACAGUUGGGUAUGAUCCAGUGUUUAUUGCGACUUGGAUGAUUUGAGGAAUCAACCUGAUGUUAUGGUCCUCUUUAUACUUUCGAAAUCAUUCUCGAUUGCUCCGCCCUUUCCUAAUAAUACCUAAAACUCCUCAUCAAGCAAUGUUAUUAGACGGAUCCUGAAGCUCAUUGACUAUCAAUGGGAAGUAGAGGUGUACUUUGUUCAUCGACCGGCUAAUGAGUCGGCUGACACGUUAGCUAAGUUAGGUUUUACUUUUGUUAAGGGGUUACAAGUAUUGUCAACCCCGCCGCUCUUGACCGC